AUGUCAAGCACUUCCGGAUCAUCGACCCAACCAAGACAGAGAAGAAAGGUAAGUUGCGCUUCAUGUAGACAGAAGAAAAUCAGAUGUGACCGAGAAGAGAAUUCGAGACCUAUAUGCUCUCCCUGCGCUCAAACCCGCUCCGAAUGCACCAUAGCCUCCCCAUCCACAAGUAGGGGAAGUGCUUCCUAUAACGAUACACUCCGGUACGUUCCGCGAGGGAUGUUCAACCAGUUAGCGUGCAAUGCUCAAGGUGCCCAAGGUGCCCAAGGUGCUAAUUCUGCACAAAUGGCGUAUGAAGAUGCCCAUCGAGCCCAGAUCGGCAGUGAUCCCUCUUCUUAUCUAGAUGGGUACUUGUACCCGAAUCAGCCUAGCGUUCCAGCAUCUUGGCAUCAAGCAGUUCAUGAACCAACGUUCUCGAUCCACCAGCCGCCACCAGAUCCACAAAAUUCCAACCAGAAUGGUUUGAUCGGUACCGACUUCCCGACGCUCGGACAAUAUACUCAGGAUGAGUUCCAUGUAUCAUCCUUGCAAUGUCCCAACACCGCUCAGGUCUCCGUUCGCAAUGAUCCCGCGGUCAUUCAAGCCUAUCUGCAGCACGUAACUUUGGCAAGGCAGCAGUUUAUGGAACAGUGGGGACUCUCGCAACAGGAUUCGGUUGAGCCUUAG